AUGCCUCCGUCAAAGAGUAAUAGGUUCGAUCUCACAAACUUCAUGAAGGCACGUAAGGAUGCGAGGCAGAAGGCCGUGGAACAGUUUAGAGCAAUGAAAACAGAGCUGAACACAAUUACCAGGAGAAUAAACCGGCUGAAGACAAAGGUUGGUGUGUAAAUAUGAUGUAAUAAUUUGCCGAAGUGCCUCUUUACCUUUUAUUCAGAUUUGUAAUUGUGGUGUUCUGUUGCUUGUUUUGGUCCUGUCAUUCCUGACACCAUAAUGCACCUAUCAAUGUUAAGCCGGGGAGGCCGGGCAUAGGAGGGGGAUUUGACUUCACAAGUCUGCCUGUGGUAGGGACUUUUGGGGGCUGUCCUGGUGUACCGGUACACGAGGGAAUUCCUAUUGUUUUCAUAACCAUACAUGGAGUUAUGACGCAGUUCGUUACUGUUUCCUUCUUUUGUGUACCGGUACACGAGGAUACAACCGACUUUUGAUCAUUCAUUGAGCUCUUUUGACCGACAAUAAUGCUCCUGGAGUGAGGAAUUUGCACUUUUUUGACCCAGAGUGACUUCCCUAGGGCUGGGCAUUUGAACAGAAAAACUAAUCUGAGUUCAAAUCCCCUGCUUAUGCCCCCCCCCAACUUCCCCCCAGCCCCCAGGAGCUUAACAUUGAUAGGUGCAUGAGCUUAUAAAGUGUGAAUGACCACACUAUAUUUUAUAUAAUUAAGCUUAGUGAUAAAUGAAAUUAUGGUUAAUUUAACUUUUUUAUAUAUACAUAAGCUUGUAUUGUAUUCUUUUAUUUCCAGUGUGACUACUCCAACCGAGGCCACCGGACAAAAUUCUCCACAAAUUUAACGAAUAAAAAUCAAGGAGGUUAACAAUAGUUUCCAACAAAUUAUCCUUCUAAUCAAGCAGAACAAUACAGAAUUGUAGUCAUUUGUUGGAAAAUUAUUGUCAACCUCCACGAUACUUAGUCUUUUAAUUUGUAGAAAAUUUCAGGUCAGGUGGCCUCAGUUAGAGUAUUCACACUGUAAGUUUAGGUAUUCAUUUCUUAUUUGUUGUGUUUAAAGGUUGAUGAUGCAAGGGGAGCGCUAACUGCUUUAACAAACCAAAAUGAGAAUAUCCAGGUUGGUCACCAAAUUAAUGUUAAGCUGAUGGUUGGGAUAUAUUAGCUUUGUGACAGGACUGACAAAUUUGACAAAUUUAUGCCUUACCUUGGGAAAUAUUGUGUAUGAAAUGCACUUGAAAUUACUCAUUGUCAGAGAAAAGGCAGUGCUGAGAACCAAAUGGACCUGAGCAAAUAUGGGAUCUGACAUCCUGAGCCAAAUCACUCCCCCAAGGGGUCAUGAAAGCAGAAACAAAGCUUUGCUUGUCACAGUGUUGUGGUCUUAAAUGAAAUAACUGGCAAAAUACAAAUGAGAUUACAUAAUUCAUGCAUAGUAUAUGGGUACAAAGCAAAAGAUUUGCACGGUAGGGGAAUGGCACAGUGAGGGACUGUAGUUAUUUUAUUUGUUUGCCCAGCUUGUUUUAUUCUAUUUUUUUUAUUUUGUUGUUAUACUCUAUCUUAUGUUUUGUUAUUUUCUUUUCCUUUCUUUUAUGUUGUCUUGUUGUUUAAUUUUAUUUUUAUUUUAUUUUGGUUUAUUUUAUUUGUUACAUGUAGCUCCCAAUAAAUGUCACAUCCAUGGGUGACUAUGUAUUCAUUCACAGUCAGGGACAUGUGUAUCACCUCCUGGUGGCCGCACAAGACUUCCCACUUGUCUUGUGCAAGGAACAUCAAACCUACCACUUCGUACAGCAACUAAGAGACGUCAUGAGACAUUGGUAGCUGCAGCAAGAAUCCAUGGUGGCUCAGAAAACAACCCAACACCUGCCUUAGAUGGCAUGUUCGACACUUUAAACAAGCGUUGUAAAUUAAAUACAAUGAAAGAUUGUUUUACCUAA